AUGAGAUACAAAUACAUCGUUCUUGUGGGUGCAUCACUAUUUACAACGCUCUGUCUACUUUCUGGACUCAUGUACUACUUCAGUCAAGACAAGUGUCCUGUUGGUACAUUCCUUUGUUACAACAGCAGCACAUGCAUGCCGCAACACAGCUGGUGCAAUGGCAUAUUGGACUGUCCAUUUAGCGACGAUGAAUCCAUGGAAAAUUGCUGUGUGUUUCAGAUUUUUACUGCACUGUGUGUUGACAUGCACGGAACCUGGGAUUGGUUUAAAAAAGAUAGAGAUUGGGGAGACUUUGAAAAUUGCGACACAAUUGGCGCACCCGCCAGUUGCAUCUACGACGAAUGUCAUGUGACUUGCACAAAUUAUACUGACGUACCUCAGGAUUUAUCAUCGAAUGUUACAGCAAUAUUUUUAACCGAAAAUUCACUCACGCGUUUGUCUCGUAAUGUGUUAUCGAGAUAUUCGGAAAUACGUUUAUUAUAUCUCGAUAAUAACGAUAUAAUCGAGUUGGAAAAAGGAGCGUUUUUUCAUCAAAGUGAGUUAAUUUGGUUAAUUCUCGAUAGUAAUAGAAUCAACGAAAUACAGCCUGGACAUCUAACGGGACUGGAUAAAUUGGAGACCCUGAGACUGGACCAAAACGAGAUUGCGAUAGCGGAUUUUUCCGACCUCGAGAACAGCACCGCUAUAUAUUUGAUAAACUUGAAGGAUAAUAUGUUGACGACGUCCACUUUGAAGCUCCCACGAUUGCCGACGCUGACGGAAAUAAUACUGGACGGGAAUCGCUUCGAGUCGAUAACGGAAGAUCUGUUCGCCGGAUGCCCCGCUUUGAAAUCACUGAGUAUGGAGGACAAUAGCGUGAGCAACGUCGACGAACGCGCGUUCCGAAAUCUGCGGCAACUUGUCGAACUUAACUUGGCCUACAACGAGAUAGUGACAUUACCGCCGGACGUGUUCCAACCUGUGAAUAAUCUGUCGAAGCUGCUAAUCGGUCACAAUCCCGUCGCCGAAUUACCGACGACACUCUUCAACUCGCUGAAUAAUCUCCGUUCCCUGGGCGUCGAAGACAUAAACAUGGAGAACAUGAACAAGGAUGUGUUCCUCAUAUUACCAAGCCUUGAUUUUGUGUAUUUCAAAAAAUUCCACUACUGCAUGGCUUACGCACCAAAGGUACAGAAAUGCAGACCUAUUAGCGAUGGUGUGUCAUCGAUGUCUCAUUUGCUGGACAAACCUAUGUUAAGGGCAGCCGUUUGGAGUAUCUCUUGUGUCACCUGUGUUGGUAAUAGUCUCGUUCUUUGGGGAAGAUUCAUCGCCAAGGACGAGAAUCGUGUUCUAAGUAUCAUCAUCCGAAAUCUCGCGGUGUCCGACAUGUUGAUGGGAAUAUAUCUCUUCAUAAUCGCCAUAGAAGAUGCGAAGUUCCGCGAUAACUACAAAGAGGAAGCGAGGGCAUGGAUGUCCUCAUGGUCCUGCACGUUUCUAGGAGCGUUAGCGAUGACGUCAUCCGAGGUUUCCGUGCUCAUCCUGUCAUUCAUGUCCGUGGAGCGAUUCAUUCUGAUCGCAGCUCCUUUAAAAUGUCAUCGUGCCAUGACAUCCCAAGCCGCAUCCUUGUCGAUGAUCGUCAUCUGGGUUAUUGGACUUAUCCUCGCCGUUGUGCCAGUCAUCCACUGGAGGAGCAGCACGAGGUUCUAUGGUGUCAACGGAAUGUGUUUUCCUCUGCACAUCGACGACCCGUACUUGAUAGGCUGGGAAUACUCGGCCUUUAUCUUUCUAGGACUUAAUCUCCUCGGAUUGAUGAUUAUCGGUUACGUUUACGCUGGCAUGUUCGCGAGCAUCUGGAGAACGCGCCACGCUACGCCGUUGUCGGCCGGCGAUUCUGAGUUCGCCCUGAGGUUCUUCCUAAUCGUGUUGACAGACGCGGCAUGUUGGGCACCGAUUAUAGCGUUGAAGAUCCUCGCCAUGAUGAAGUAUCCUGUGCCACCUGAUUUACACGCUUGGAUAGUAGUCUUUGUUCUGCCGGUGAAUAGCGCGAUCAACCCGCUCCUGUACACUUUUACCACGCCAAAAUUUCGUGAAAGAUUCAGCAACGGUUGUUGCGGGAAAGCGCUCAACUAUGUAUCGAGGAAAUAUCCCAGCCAAGGGUACUUGCCCGUAAGAUCGAAUAGAAAAUUUCGGUGA